UGCCUCUAUGCUCUAUACUGCUUUAUUAUUGUUCUUUUCUAUGCGUAGUAGACGGUUCGUGCUUAAUAAAGAGAGGUUAGAUGUGCCGCAGAGUUAUGUAUAUUUUAAUAUUGUAAAUAAUAUAGGAAACAAAGCGCAGGAUACUUAUUGCAGUAUUUUACCACGUAAAGUUACACUGAGAAUUACUACAUCUCUAGUAGAUGGAAAUCUCUCCAUAAAUAAGGCACGAAAAAAAUAAAAGAACAUUUUACCUCUAACGGAAAAUGAAUGAACUACGUAGAAUUGUGUUGGGACGACUCAGAGUGCCACUGGUAACAUCCCAACGGUGGUUAUCAAAAGUUAACGUGCGGUUAAACGAGACAGUUAUAUCUCAGAUUGAGAAUGAAGACUUGAAACCCAGAAAACAUCCUGGUAGAAUGUCUAUAAACACAGUCGAUUUGCCAAACUCGAUUGUGAAGGCUAUUGAAAUUGCCAUGGAAGAUCAUCCAAAGAAUGUAUUGCUCGAGGAUGGGCAAAAAUUGGCAAGGUACCUAUGGGAAAGGCACGCGCCCUUGGAGCAGGCAGAUAUUACGGCAAAAUAUGAGGAAAUAGAAAAGGAAAUAUUAGAUAAGCAUUUGCAAAAGAAUGGCAUAUCGGUGGACACAGAGACAUUGAAACAGCGGUAUAGACCACUUGUGAUAAAACUUUGUAAACAGAAAUUGACUAAAUGGGAAUUUAUUUCAUACGAUGCAUACAAGAGUUUGUCAUAUAUGGCAGGCAGAAGUAUACAAAACUAUGCAGUAAUGUGUAAGAUCUUCAAUGAAAUCAGCAUACGAGAUAAGGAAUUUCAACCACAGUCUCUGUUCGAUUUUGGAUCUGGAAUUGGCAGUGUCAUGUGGGCUGCAUCAAGAUUUUGGUUAAAAUCCAUCAAAGAAUAUUUCUGUGUUGAUAUUUCCCUUCAUAUGAAUGAAUUGUCUGAACAGAUUAUACUGAAAUCGAAACCAAAAAUUAAUAAUAUCUUCUACAGACAGUUUUUACCAGCUUCACCAAACCCUCCUUACGAUAUUGUAGUAAGCGCCUACUCUUUAAUGGAAUUGCCAAAUACAGAAUCACGAUUACAAACAAUUCUGAAAUUGUGGAGAAAAACAAACAAGUAUUUAGUUAUUGUAGAACAGGGAACAAAUGCUGGCUUUAAGCUGGUAAACGAGGCACGAGAUUUCGUUUUACACGUAUCAAAGAAGAACUCUCAAAAAAUUUCUCAAUCUGGAUAUACGUUUUCUCCAUGUCCACAGGAUUUAAAAUGUCCCAGAUACAAGGAACUCCAAACACCGUGUAAUUUUGAAGUUUCAUAUAUUUCUACACCUUUCAUCAGUCCUAGGCAUACAAAUAAAGAGCGCUAUUCUUACGUUAUUAUGCGGAAAGGUGAAAGACCUAAGGACGAUGAACAAUGGCCCAGAAUUGUCCGGCCAAUUUUAAUGCGUUCAAGGCACACGAUUUGUCGUCUAUGCACAAAAGAGGGAAACCUUCAGGAAAUCAUUUUGACAAAAAGCAAGCAUGGAAAAGUCGCAUACCGUUGCGCAAAGGGUAGUAAUUGGGGCGAUAUGCUACCCUUAGAAAUUGUGAAUGAGAAGAAAGACAACAAUAGUGAUAACGAUGCUACUGUGGAGGAUGUCAAAUUCAAGGAAAGUGAAGAUCAAUCAAAUACAGAUAAUUCAUGAACCAAAAUUAUACAUUAAAUAAACAUAAAACGUUCUGUUAACAA